GCCCUCCUCUGGGUUUUUCUGGCCCAUCGCUGAUGCUGAUCACUCCUAUACCUGUCCUUCAAGGUGUAGGAGCCACGACAGUGAUUCCCGGAGAAGAUGCUGGCUCCAGUCGUGCUCAGGAGGCUCGCGCAGCAGCUGCGGCGGUGAUGCCACCGCCGCCGCUCCAAAAUCCCGUGGUGGUGCAACCAGGAGCAGCGGAGACACAAGGAGGAGCUUCACCACAGGCAGUUACACAAGCUCCCGGUAAACAGAUGGCGACGAUAACCAGGGAGGAGAUGCAGAGGAUAGCGGCAGCCGCGGCGGCGCAGGCGGGGAGAGCUCGAGGACAUCCUUUCUCGAGGGAGAUUCUUGCUGCUCCUUUACCGAAUAAUUUCGAGGAGACUAAUCUGGUGUAUGACGGGUCGUCUGGCCCAUCGAGGCAUGUGAGGACCUUUGAGAAUAUGGUUGUGUUACAUGGAUAUUCUGAUUCUGUAUGUUGCAGGGCAUUUCUAUCGACCUUGUGUGGAGGAGCACUUGACUGGUUUCAUCAGUUACCCCCUGGGUCGAUCACGGACUUUGAGGAUUUUGCCAGUAAGCUUACCAACCAGUAUUCGAGCGCUGUGGUACAGGAGAAGACAUAUUUGACUCUGAUGGCGAUGAGGCAGGGAGAGAAGGAGUCGUUGAGGAAGUAUGUCGUUCGAUACAAUCAGACGUGUUUGGAGGUACACUUAGCGUCAGAUGAGGUAAAGGCAGGAGGAUUGAUAAGGAGCCUUCGAGCAGGGCCUUGCCGAACUUCCCUGGCGAAGACCCCUGCUCGAUCAUAUGAGGAUGUUUUGAAGAGGUGCCAGAAGUAUAUUAAUCUGGAGGAGAUGAAGGUAGAAUUUGCGAAAUUGGAGGGGGUGGCUCGACCAGAGCCAAAGAAAGAGAAGAGCCCACAAAGGGGGAGAUCGCCGAGGAGGAAUUCGCCCAAGAGAAGUGGGCCGAAGAGAACAUCGCCCAGAAGAGGGGGUCGAGAUUCGAAACAGGAGAAAAGGGAUGAUAGGUGGCAGGAAAGGCCAUUGUUGUUUGAGAGACAGAGGUAUCAUAAUUUUACACCUUUGAGGAAAGAUUUGACAGAAGUGCUCGAGGCUAUGCAGCAGAAGAUGUCGAGCGAGGAUGUGACGUGGCCAAAGACGAGGUUUACGAGCCCGAUUCCACCCAGGUCAGAUAUUUAUUUUCGGUUUCAUCGAGAUUACAGCCAUUCCACAGAGAAUUGUAGACAUUUGAAGGAUGAGAUCGAAAGGUUGAUUCGUGCGGGGCAUUUAAAAAUAUUUGUGUACCAUGAGAGGGCGAAGGAGAAAGGAAGGAGAAGAUGUCGAGAUGAUUCGGAAGAGAGGAGUGAUAGAGAUGAUGAGGGGGAUGAUAGGGAUGGUCAAGAUGGUCGAGAAAAGAGGUCGAGGGGAGAUGGAGAUAAAGGAGGUCAAGGAAGAGAAGCCCCGUUGAAGAGAGGGACGAUUUAUAUGAUUUCUGGAGGGCCGACAGAUGGCAACUCGAACAACGCUAGGAAGGAGAAUGCUCGAGCUGUGAAGAGGAAGAGAGAGGAGGUGGGGAUUACGGCUCGCAUGCCGGUGAUAAGUUUUAAAGCGGAGGAUGCUGAGGGAGUGGUCUUACCACAUAAUGAUGCUCUUGUGAUUACCGCAGAGGUUACGGGCUUUGAUGUAAAAAGG